CACUGCGGAGGCGCGAGCUCAGCCAUUGGGCGCCAAAUUCUUUCUUCCCGCCGUCUCCUAAUCCGGGGCUCUGUAAAUGCUACCUGUUAUUAUUUUAUAGUCAUUAACAUUGUCAUAAGAAGGUCGCCCGCAGCCGUCCAUGGCCGCUUUGUCCUCUCCUGAGAUUGGGGCCCAUGUUUGUAGCUGUCGCCAUAGCGGUGAGAGACGAUUAACUCCCUCCCAGGAUACCCCCAGAAAGCCCAUUGACAUUUGAAGUAGAAGAGGGAGAACUUUGGAAUAAAUUAUAUUCCAUGUAAAUUUAGAGCCUAAAAAAUGCAGUCACUAUCAAGCAUAUGCAAGAAGCUUGGAAGAUCAAGUAGGUUCUUCAUAGAACUAGCUCCUUCUGUGGGUUUCUCUACUUCACGUUACUUUUGUAGCCAGAAGAAGAAAAAAAACCCUUAUCAAGAAGUCGACCAAAACAAAUACUCUAAUUUAAUACGUUCUAUUGUAUCAACCAAAAUUAGUUGUCAGACACCAGAAUCGUUGUUUCAAGAAGAUGAUUUAUUAUAUGGACCUGUGAGUAAAUGUAAGGCUCAAGAGCAAGAAUCUGGACCAAUAGUUACACAAAAUACAAUUCUUCUCCUCAAUCCAGAAAAAAGAAAUGUAUCAAACAUUCCAACUGAUUCAUCAGUUCCUUUGAAAAUACCUUUGCAAAAAAAUAAAAUGCCUAGCGUUACUCGAAUCCUUCAGCAAACCAUGACAGCAAAACAAAUCUUAAAUCUGGAGAGGUGGAAACGGGGAAUGAUUCUGGAACUAGGAGAGGAUGGCUUUGCAGAAUAUACUAAAGACAUAUUUUUGCAAGGAAAACACUUCCAUGAAGCAUUAGAAGCCAUGCUUUCAUCCCAAGAGCAAUUAAAGGAAUUAGAUGAAAAAACUAUUAGCUCUGGCUAUGUAGCAAGUGUCUGGCAUGUCCUAAAAGACGUAAGUGGAGUAAGAGCUCUAGAAAGUGCAGUUCAUCACGAGACCCUUAAGUAUCUGGGCCUAAUAGACUGUGUAGCUGAAUAUCGGCCCUACUCCUCUUCUCCAGGCUUGUCUCUACAGUGCCUGAAAACUGCUUAUUUAAGGGGUAAGCUGUGUGUGAUCGAUUGGAAGACAUCAGAGAAACCAAAACCAUUUAUCCGGAACACAUUUGACAACCCCUUACAAGUGGUAGCAUAUGUUGGAGCCAUUAACCACGAUGCCAACUAUAACUUUGAGGUUCAAUGUGGUUUAAUUGUGGUGGCCUACAAAGAUGGAUCCCCUGCUCACACGCAUUUCAUGGACUCAAAGCUGUGUUCCCAAUACUGGUCCAAAUGGCUACUUCGACUAGAAAAAUAUACAGAAAAAGAAAAGAACCAAACUACUCCGAAUCCAAACUAGGAUACAGGAUACUGUUCAAGGCUAGUUUACCCUUUCUCACAGUGUGGGGAGAAGGAUGCUUCAGUAAUUUAGUGAAUCCAUGAUCUCAUUGGUGGAAGUACUCCCUCCAACUCAUUCAUCCCUUUGCGAUCUAAUGAAAUCUAAAAGUGGUAAUGCUUAAAUGUUGAAUUUUUUUAAUGUUGAUAAUGGCUACCACAUUAUCACCAGCAAAGGUAUCAUUGAUUUUUGAUUAUGAAAACAUGGAUUUCCAGUCAAUUCACUGAAACUGAAAUGAAUGAAAAUCUAUAAGACUUUUCAGCUGAAGAACUGUCCAAGAAAAAACCAGCUGUGGCAAUCAAUCAUGAUUUCCCUGAAAAGAAAGAAAAUAGAUUGAACAAAGACUCUAGUUAAUCUUGGACUAUGUUGUAAAACUUCUUAUGUCAUUUUCAUUCUGAGCAUUAAAGGACUAUAUCCUAAUGUGCCCAAAAUGUAGGAGCUCAAGAAGUCUUUUUUGAUAGAAUUUAGUGAACAAAACCUUUGCCUAGGUACAUUUGUAUUUUUCCCAACUACAAAUGACCAUUAAUAAAGCUUGUAAAUUGUG